AUGGCAGUAUUCUGUGAUCGGCCACACUUACAUGUUGAUACUGCUGGUCAAGCUCCAUUUCCUCCUUACAUGCUGGACGAAGAUGAAAAAAAACGUUUAUUGGAAUGUGUGAAACACACAGUUAAAUUCCCAGACGGAUAUGCUUCAGACUUAGCUAAUUGUGUUGAUUUAGAGAACAACAAAUUUUCUGGUAUGAAGAGUCAUGACUGCCAUGUUUUUAUGGAGUGGCUACUUCUGUUUAUCUUUUCAGAACUCCUAGACCAAAACGUCCAUCUUGCGCUAUCAGCGGUUGGAGUAUUUUUCCGAGACCUUUGCUCGAGAACCUUACAGAAAAAUCACGUCCAAAUGCUUAAACGAAAUAUUGUUUUGAUCAUCUGCAAUUUGGAGAAGAUUUUCCCACCAUCAUUUUUCGACGUCAUGCAGCACUUGCCUAUACAUCUCCCCUACGAAGCUGAACUAGGAGGACCUGUGAAAUAUAGGUGGAUGUAUGUUUUUGAAAGGAAUUUCAAAAAACUGAAAGCGAAAGCAAAGAACAAAAGAUUUGCAGCCGGCUCGAUUGUUGAAUCAUAUAUCAACGAUGAGAUAGCUUACUUCUCAGAGCACUACUUUGCUAACCAUAUACAAACGAAAUCAAGGUUCACAAGAUUUCAUGAAGGUGAAGUUCCCGUAUAUCAUGUUCUUGGAGUGCCAGAUAUAUUUACACAUGUAGGUCGUCCAAGUGGGGAAAUGCAAGAAAUAUGGCUUUCCGAGAAAGACUAUAGAUGCGCACAUGCAUAUGUUUUACGAAAUUGUGAUUAUUUUCAACCAUUUGAGAGGAUGUUUGAAGAUUUCCUUACUGCCAAAUAUGCAGACCUCUCUGAAAAAGACCUCUCUGCGAAGAGAGCUGACGAAUAUCAUAUAUGGGUGAAAGAUUAUGUUAGCUAUUGGAGCAACACACAUCAUUUUCCUAAGUGGGUUAAAGAUAUUGCGAAUGGACCCAUGAAUAAGGCCAGAACAUGGCCCAUCUAUUUCACAAGAGGCUUUUUGUUCCAUAUGCAAAAGCAUGGCGAGCGAAGAAAGACAUGUAACUACGGUGUGAGUGUUAAAGGGGAGAGCUACACAAAUGCAUCUGAUGAAGCUGAUUACUAUGGGAUCUUGACUGAUAUCAUACAAAUUCAGUAUGAGGGGUCGGUCGAUUUGAAAAUCACACUUUUUAAGUGUAAGUGGUAUGAUCCGUUAGUUGGUAGAGGCACUCGGCGGAGCAAUGGUGGCAUCGUCGAUGUUCUUUCAUCGAGGAAAUACCAUAAAUACGAACCAUUUAUUCUAGCAUCUCAAGCAGAUCAAGUUUGUUAUAUCCCGUAUCCGUACGUUAAGAAACCAAAGCAGUCGUGGCUCAAUGUUUUGAAAGUGAAUCCGAGGGGAAUCAUUUCUGGAGAAUAUGAAAAUAAAGAACCGACAUUGUUACAACAAGAAAAUGAUGAUGCUGUUUUAAUGACUACGGUUGAAGAUCUAGCAGUUGAUCAUUUGGUUCAUGCUCGGGUACAACCUGUAAAUCUCGAUAUUGAUGUGGAUGAUGUUGAACAAGAUGAUGAAUUUCAAUGUGAAAUUUUCACUCCCCGCCAAGCCUAA